GUUGGUCAGGACCAACUAGAAAACACAUUAUAAACUUUUUAGUUUAUUGUGAUAGAGGCACCGUGUUUCAUAAAUCAGUUGAUGCCUCUGAUGUGCCAAGCAGAACAGCUGAAUAUUAUUUCAGGUAAUUUUCUAAUUUUAAUUGUAUAUACAAAUAGUAUUAUGGACUUGCAUGUUUUUAAUUAAAUAGUAGUAAUUAUUGAAUAUAUAAUUUCAUUUCAGAUUAAUGGAUGAGGUGGUUGAAGAAAUUGGAGAGGAGAAUGUUGUCCAAGUAGUGACUGAUAAUGAAGCUGCAAUGAAGGCAGGAGGAAAAUUAUUAAUGCAGAAGAGGCCCAAUCUCUAUUGGACAGCAUGUGCAGCUCAUUGCAUAGACCUUAUUCUUGAAGAUAUUGGUAAGAAAAGUAACGUGAAGAAGGUCUUAGAAGAUGCAAGAACAAUAACCUCAUUUAUUUACAACCACACAUGGACAGUGAAUUUCAUGAAGAAAUUCACAAAUAAUAGAGAGUUACUUCGCCCUGCCAUCACUCGAUUUGCCACAAAUUUCAUUGCUUUGGAGACUAUUGUCAGGCAUAAACAAGCACUAAGGGAAAUGUUUACAUCUGAUGCUUGGAAAAACUCAAGGUUUGGAAUGGCAAAAUCAGGCCCAGCAUAUGAUUCAAAGAAAAUUAUCUUAGGCAAAGAGUUUUGGCAAAAGGCCUCUGAUAUAAUUAAAGUGCAAGAACCCUUGGUGAAAGUUCUUAAAUUGGUUGAUGGUGAUGAAAAACCAACCAUGGGCUUCAUAUACGAGGCAAUUGAUAGGGCGAAGUUGGCCAUUCAAAAAGAUUGCCGGUUUUACAAAGACUAUUGGAAAAUUAUUGACAACCGGUGGAGUUUUCAGUUGCACCAAGAUUUGCACGCUGCUGGGUAUUUUUUGAACCCACAAUUUCUUUAUGGUGCCCCACCCUCUCCUGAAGUUGCUAGAGAAGUCAUGGAUGGAGUUAAAAAAGUGAUAACCAAGUUGGUACCCGAUAUAGAUACUCAAAUUCGGGCUAUUAAUCAAUUGUUGCUAUAUCGAGAUAGGCAGGAGACUUUUGGAACCCCGUUGGCUCAAAGGGCAGUGAAACAAACAAAUCCUGCUGAAUGGUGGAUUCAUUAUGGCUUGUGUGCUCCUGAGCUCCAAAGAAUAGCAAUUAGAGUUCUUAGCCAGACCACAUCAGCUUCGAACUGUGAGCGUAAUUGGAGCACCUUUAGCCUCAUCCAUACGAAAACAAGAAAUAGAUUAAAGUAUAUGAGACUACAAAAACUUGUUUUCGUACAUUACAACAUGAGGUUAAAGUUAAGACGUACAAUGAGAAGAAGCCAACGAGAAAUUGAAGAGGGUUUCAAUCCUAUCAAUUUGGACUACAUUUUCGAAGAAGAUGAUCCUUUAAGUCAAUGGUUAGAGGAGAGAGAGACACCACUACUCGAUGGUCAGGACAAUUCAAAUUGGUUAAAUGAAGAGGUUGGUGGUACUACAGAAGGAGGUGAUCAACCACCAAUAAACGCGCAUGAUGAUUCAGGUUCAAGCCCUGAACGUACACAAAGUGAUGACAAUCUUGGUUUGAGCCCACCAAGUGAUGAUGAUGGUAAUAGUGGUGCUGGAGCUGGGGUUGGGGGGGGUGGCAGUGGUGGUGGUGGAGGCGGCGGUGUAGAAUAUAAUUAUGGAUAUGAUACAGGGACAUCAUUUGGAAGGGAUAUAUAUCCUUCUGAUCCUUAUGGACUACAUGACAUACCUGAAAAUUAUGACUUGGGUAUUCCUCCAGGGAACCAAUCUUCACAACCCAGGAGAAGGAGGAGUGCUCGUGGUGACCCUAGCGAUUCUACUGAAGAUUCAUAUGGUGUGGUUCGUAGUUUUGGCGACUUUGGUUUAGAUGGUUCAUCAUCACAAUCAUUUGGAUCUCAUCCAGCAUAUCCACAUUAUGCAUCUCGUGACUCACAUUUUUAUCCCAGUGGAUUAGGAAUCUCAGGAUCUAGUGAGUCUUCUUCUACACACUACCCAGAGCCAGCCCCUGCCCCAACUUAUAGACAUUAUUCAGGAGAAUUUUCAUCACCAGUACAUUUUCAAGAGCAACAACAAAAUGAUGCAAACUUGGGUUCAUUCAACUAUGUAUUUCCACAAGGAUGGGGAGAUAAUUUCCCAUCCCAAUCUCAAGAUACAGAUGCAAAUUAUGAAGACCCUCCACGUCAUUCUUUUUGGUGGUGACAUGUGUUAUAUUAUAAAUUUGUAAUAUUGUAUUCAUGUAUUUUCAAUUAUUUAUUGAUAUUUGAUAUUAAUCACUUUUUAAAUUCAUGUAUGUGUAAUGUGUAUAUUGAGUAUUAAGUCUAUUGAGUAUUGAUUCAUUUUUA